AUGACGAGCACCUCAACAUCUGUCAUUUUGCCGAAGUUCAACUUGCCGAGUGCACUCCCCUCAUGCCCCGACCAGUCACCCAUGGACAGACUACUAGACAAAGCUCUUGAAGGCAACAUCUUGUGGGAAGAAACUGAUCUCCCUGCCACCGCUCCUUCUCUCAUGGAUCGUAUUAUUCCGACAUCGAGUCUCGACAUAUCAACUAUCGAGAAAAUUACUUAUACCACUGGAGCACAUAUACUCGUCAGUCAGAAGUGGAAACUAGAGAGGAAUGUAUUAUGGGGGACAAAGAAAGUGAAGAAGCAGAAAGUGCUGGAUGAGGUGGUGAGGACAGGGGACGAGGAUUCCUCAUCUGCGUCAACUUCAACUGACGCCAGUGACCAGAGUUGCGACGCACUGGAAUUCAAUCCAACAAGACCGAAAAGAAAACUGCCUUCGAAGGUGCGGACACGAGCCCAAAGAUGGGCACGUCUAUUCAACGCCAUCCAUAAUGUCAUGCGCAUGUCAUAUAAGGAGACGUACCCUCAUCGCUCGCCUAUGUACCCUUUCGAGCCUGCAGACAUCAAACGCCCGCAUCGGCAAUGGUCACCGGAGUUUUGCAAUGUUCCUAUUCCGGACGCGACCAACAACCAGAAGCCCGAUAUAGUCCUCAUCGAUCGUGAUGUUCAACCAAAAAGUUGGGCACACGUCCUAACAUGCGUCGAGAUCACCGAAUCCGACCUCGGCGCAAACCAUAACAUACCGUUGUUCAAGGGGGUGGUCACCAAAGGCUACCUCAUGAUGUGA